ACAUGCCUAUUAUCCGCCGAUACUCUACCAUCCUCGCAUCCAAUAACCCGGCCCACACCGUGCCUUCGGUGUCAACGCUUCUCAAAGCCUGCAAAACUUGUCGUCAGCUCCAACAAGUCCAUUCCCAAAUCAUCCGCAAAGGUCUAGAGCAAGACCACUUUCUCAUUACUCAAUUUAUAUGCCUCUCCCGAGCUCUCUCCUGCCUCUUCUACUCUACCAGCGUCUUCAACCGCGUUCUCUGUCCCAACAUAUUUCUCUGGAACGCCCUCAUUAGGGGUUACUGCGAGAAGUCUUCUUUCUCUGACACUGUUUCGGUGUUUAUUCGCAUGAAGAGAGAGGAGGGUUCUCCUGAUAGUUAUACGUUUCCGUCGCUCAUCAAGGCCUGUACAGGUGAGGAUAAGAUCAGGGAAGGAAAGGCCAUCCAUGGGUCCGUGGUGAGACAUGGGGUUGAAGGGGACGUGUUUGUUAGUACGAGUUUGGUUGACCUGUAUGGUAAAUGUAGGGAGAUUGAGUGUGCCCGUAAGGUGUUUAAUGGUAUGUCGGAGAGAAAUGUGGUUUCUUGGACGGCUAUGGUUGUUGGGUAUGUGAUUGCUGGGGAUUUAAUAGAGGCAAAGAGACUGUUCGAUGAGAUGCCGCAGAGAAACGUGGCAUCUUGGAAUGUAAUAAUUGGGGGGUUAGUGAAACUGGGUGAUCUGAACAGUGCUCGGAAGAUUUUUGAAGAGAUGCCUGAAAAGAAUGUGGUUUCUUUUACGACUAUGAUUGAUGGGUAUGCGAAGGCAGGUGACAUGGUUUCUGCAAGGUUUUUGUUUGAUCAAUCACCAGAUACUGAUAUAGUUGCGUGGUCGGCAUUAAUAACUGGGUACACCCAGAAUGGUCAGCCCACUGAGGCCCUGAAUGUUUUUCUUGAAAUGAACGAGAUGAAUAUUAAGCCUGAUGAGUUUAUAAUAGUGAGCUUGAUGGCAGCUUGUUCACAGAUAGGUAGUUUGGAAGUUGCUAACUGGGUUGAUAAUUAUGUAACACAAAGUUCCAUUAACAUUCAUGGGGCUCAUGUUUUUGCGGCUCUUGUUGACAUGAAUGCGAAGUGUGGGAACAUGGAGAGAGCAACGAACCUGUUUGAACAGAUGCCUAAAAGGGAUUUGAUUUCUUAUUGUUCCAUGAUUCAAGGGUUGUCCAUUCAUGGUCGUGGGAAACAAGCUGUUUCGCUCUUCAAUAGGAUGAUAAACGAAGGUUUGACUCCUGAUGAGGUAGCUUUUACAGUAAUCCUGACUGCCUGCAGCCGAGCUGGACUUGUUGACGAGGGUUGGCACUUCUUUAAAUCAAUGCGAAAUGAGUACAGUAUUGUUCCCUCUCCUGAUCAUUAUGCUUGUAUGGUUGAUCUUCUCAGCCGCCUAGGACACUUAAAAUCAGCUUAUGAGCUUCUAAAAUCAAUGCCUGUGGAGCCACAUGCUGGUGCGUGGGGUGCUCUACUGGGGGCCUGCAAGCUACAUUGUGAUAUAGAGCUUGGGGAGUUGGUUGCUGAUAGGCUUUUUGAGCUUGAACCUCAGAAUGGUGGCAGUUAUGUUUUAUUGUCUGAUAUAUAUGCAGCAAGAGACCGCUGGUUUGAUGUUUCCGUGGUGAGGGACAAAAUGAAGGAGAGAGGCAUUAAGAAAAUACCUGGUCGCAGUCGGAUUUAGUUUGCAGGG